GCAAGAAUUUCCGUGCAGAUCUGGCUGAUUAUACACUAUGCUCACAUCAACAGCACAGCACGUACAGUAGAAUCAAAGCCUUGCAAAGACUACAGGUGCCUGAGAAAAAGAGGCACUUUGAUAUAAAUGAUCUGACUGGGCAACAGCAGAGUCUGAAGACACAGUGGAGGUGAACUCACUUUCUGAACAGACCAACACAGUAAGAGGACAACAACAGUCAAAAAUAAGUGCAACAGCUGAAUCGGCAGCCUCAUGGCCACCACCAACACUGCUAGCAUUGCCCAGGCUCGUAAACUGGUGGAGCAGCUCAAAAUGGAGGCCAAUAUCGACAGGAUAAAGGUCUCCAAAGCAGCAGCAGACCUGACAUCAUACUGUGAAGCCCACUCUAAAGAGGACCCCCUGCUCUCCCCAGUGCCUGCAUCCGAGAAUCCUUUCAGGGAGAAGAAGUUCUUCUGUGCCAUUCUGUAGCCGGUACUGCCAAGCCAUGGACUCACUUGCUGAUUUUUUACAAGGGCGAGAGAGGUGCAGUGGAGAACCUUUAAAUUCUCCUGGCUAUCUAAGAGCCCUGAUUAAGCCACUGACUCCACCCAGUGGCCUUGAUAUCUAAAGCUGAGUAUGGUAACAUGUUGAAAUUCAGGAGGGAGUGCAGCAGAUCAGCCAGGAUGUGUUUUGAAAAAUUUAAGAAUUCAAAGGUUUCUGUGGUUCUAAUGCAGUAUUCAGAUAUUUUUUGUUUUUUGUUAUUGAAUUGUAGUGGGCUGUGAUCGUUAAUCUGAUCACUGGUUUUAGAACCCAUGGAUUAUUACAUUUGUUGUGUUAUUUUCUUUUUGAUUAUCUUUUUCUUUCUGAAUGAAUUGAUAUAGGCCUACCAUUUAGGUAGCUUUCUGUAGCCAUGUGUGGACACAGCAAAAACAUUUGUUGUUUUUUUACACUUUUAUUUAAUGAAUGAACUUUUAUAUGAUUAUGAAUUAUUCAUGCUUGGACAAAUAUUCUUUAAACAAAAUACUUAUCUUUUAGAUGCUGAUAAAAUAUUUGACUGUACAGCAAACAAAUUGUAUUUGUUUUGUUUUUGGUCUUAAGCAUAGUUCUGUUUUUACUCUUUGUACAAAAAUGUUAGCAAGUUCAGCUGUGUUGUGCUAUACAUUUUGAAUAUUUGUGGAGAUAUCAAUAAUAACUGCAUGAAGCCUGACAAAGUGCUGUCUUUAUUCCCUAAAACCGACAGAUUACCACAUUGACAUUAAAAAUCAAAUUAACAUCCUUCUACUGAAACCUCAAUCUCCAACAGCUGUUAUCCCCUAAUCCCAACGUCUUCCAUCGGAUCAUUUUCAAAGUCUGCAUAGCUCGGUAACUGAACCAUACUGUAGAAGUCUUUUUUAACACUUCCAACAAGAUGCUGGGCAUUACUAUUAUGAUCAUCAUAAAAGAUUUGCCUCUGAUUGAUUAUGUUUUUUUGUGGAUAAUGUUGCAAAGCUCUGUCUUGCCAGCAGAAGGAGACCUUGUACCAUAACUGAGAUCAGGACAAAACGGUUUGAUUUGAAAUGCCAUAAAUGGUUAUAUAUGAAUUAUUAUGCAUUAAUUAACACCACAGUCAAAUAUCUUAAGGGAAUACACCAGGAAAGUGCAAAUUAAAUUAACCAUGCCAUAUUUAAUCAAGUUUUAAUUAGAAAUGUAAUUUCUGGGUUAAUUGUAAAAGAUGAAGAAAAAUUUAAGAGAAGUUUAAAAGUAGCAAUGUUGUUAACAAUGAUUCAAACAGACUUUUCAGAGCAAAUGAUGCAGCAUAUUCAUGUUUGCUUUGCUUUAACUUACAAGGAUAGUUAAAAAAAAUGAAAAAAAGAGAGAGAAAAGAAAAGUAUGUCAUCUGAUAUGGAACACAACAGGAGUUAAGAAUGUUAGUGUCAGUCACCAUUCAAUUUCAGUGCAUCUUUUUUUUUUUUUUAAACAAUGAAAGUGAAUGGUGACUGAGACUGUCAUUCUGCCUAACAUCUCCUCAUGAUUUAAUUUUCCGGCUCAAUUUCAAAUUUUUGUGUUGAAAAAAGACAUUUCUAUUUACUGCUAGUCAUGACAACAGGCAAACAUUUUCAUAACUUUAUCUAUAGAACCACUAUAAAUGCAAUGAGUGGAAUAUUUGAAACAAAGGACUUAAAAUAAGCUUAUACGUAGCUCACACAAAUAAAAAUAUUUUUUUCCCAACAUGCAUAUGUUAAGUUAAAAUGUAAAUGAACAAGGUAAAGUGUAUAUUUUAGGUGCUGUGGCAAGUCAGCCUUUCUUCCAGUUUUUAAAGAUCUUAAUCACCUUUUGCCUUUUUUCAAGAAGUGCAAAUAAACUAUUGUCUUAUUAAUAUGAACAUGGAAACAACAAGUAUAAUAAUAAUAUAUUAUAUACAGUAUGUAUAUAUAGCUAUACAAGAUCAUAACAUUUUGUUUAAAAUAGUUUGAUGAAGAAUGUGUCACACCGCAGGACCCUGAUGACAGUGCUUACAAUUUCAUGUUAAUUACCUACAUAAUUAUGUAUAAAUGUUUAUUUAAAAAAAAAAUAAAUAAACGAAAACAGAAAGUUGGCCAGAAUAUGUACAAAUAUAGAUAUAAACAAAUAUAAAUACAGUAUUUAUAAAAUAUAAACAUACCUCUUAAGGUGCAGAUCUUUGCAGAAAUGUUGCAGAUUAAUUGCUCAUAUUUUCACUCUUUGUAAGUUUGCUGCAUUUUAUAUCAGCAGUGUUUUAAUUUCUUUCCUCAGCUUAUUCUUGAGAUAAAGUGAAAAGGCCUAUGCUUUUACAGGUGCUGUUUUUUCCAUCCUUUAAAUAAAGUAAGCCUCAAAGACUCAAAUAGACACAAAGUAAUAUUUUUCAUGACUUAUUUUAUGCAUUUCUGUCAGUCGUGGGUAUUAUUCAGCAAGGUGUGUGAUCUGUGUCUAAUAAUACUGUUUAGAAGAAGCCACUUCAGCUCACAGUAAUGCUUUGUGGUAUGAAUAAAUUAUGGAAAUAAUAUGUUCUACUCAUAGCUUUCCUGUUUGCCAAUUUUAUUUAAGCUGCUGGUAUUGUAUUUGAUGCAAUUGCAAUUAUUUGUCAUUUUGUGAUUAUUCAGAGCUCAUCUUAUACUUAAGGUGUGUUUUUGAUUGUCACCUUUUUUGAGUUACGAAGAUAAUGAGCACCUAUAAAUCAUUUCAAAUGAUAAGAUAUUGGCUAUGUCUCAUUUUGAAGGAUGCAUCCUCUGGAGAUCGCAUUUCUCUGAGCACUUCUCGUUUCAGAAAAGUGAGUAGGACACUUCGAAUGUGACCUUCUUUCACGGGAAUUCGGAGGAUGCAUGAGGUGUAAGGUAAAAAAAAAACAAAUGACGCCAAUUUGCCGGUAAAUAUGAUGUUCAAACGCAAGGAAUUUUAAUUCCCAAGUUAACUCAGUAGAUGGGUGCAGAGUAUAUGUAUAAAUAAUAUGUAUAAUUAUAUUAAUAUAUAAUUUAAAUAAAGUAUUAUACUAAAAGUACACCUGUAAUUUUCUUUUCCCUUUAGAUCAUUAUAACUCAC